GUCCUGUGACACCGAACCGAAGCCAACAGCCUAUCACCAAAAAAAAAUCAAGAUAUUCUGGAGGCAUUUAGGGAAUGAAUUGACCAGUUACUGAAGCCGAGCCUCCUGAAUGAUACUAUGUCACCUUGCCGAUCAUAUGUGACUUCAUCGGGAACCGAUAGUACUACGAUGGUCUGGGAUUGUCGUUUCCCGAAGAGGGUUCUCCAUACGUUGAAACAUGGCGCUCCCCUCAUGGCUGAGGACGCCAACGAUACCGGAGCGAACUGCGCCUUGUGGGCAUCCAGCAGUGACCGCUUCUACACUGGGGGCUCUGAUGGCGCUGUUAAGAUUUGGGACGUCCGACGUGCCGACCCAUUCAUGAAGGACUUGGCUACCCUGGACGGUCAGGUCAUGUCUGCAGCCUUCUCGCCGUCCUUCGAUUCUCUCAUUGUUGGAGUAUGCUCAGGCAAGGCGACCCUGUUCUCGAUGAGGGGCGAUGCCAGUGUCCCACCAAUCGAAUUCAAAGUUGACAUUCACUCGCAUUUGACCCGGAUAUGAGUAUGAGUAUGAGUAAGAGGUAUAUACAUGGUCUGAAGAAGUAGUAAAGGUGAAGUAUCUAAGUAACAGCAGUAUCCCGCGCAAGACAAUCAGGUAAGAAACUCCAGAAAGAA